AUGCCUUAUACUUUACGAAGACGUGAAAGGCAUAGUGAUUUCUUGGUCGACCCACCAUUAACGAACAUCAGCGCACAUUUCGCAGCCGAAAUUGGUUGUACAAUGACUCAAAACUUGCCGAUAGUAGUUUAUUCAGGACCAGAAAUGGCAGUGCUACAAACUGCUCGACAAUUUAUAGGUGGUGCUCAAAUCGAUAUGAACUGGUUGAUCGAGCCAGGACUUGUGAGAUACUUCUCAUCUCAUGAAUCGAGACCAAGUAAUUGCCAAUCAUCAAAUAAAAAAGCUUAUCUUACAAAGUCUGUCAUUGUUAAUCAAGUGCUAGUUACUUUUCCAGCAAAAAAAGUACAAAAUAUGAAAGAGACGGUUACUAAAGUGUGA